GGCGGCACCGUCGUUUUCCAGUCCUUGGCGUUGCCAACACACUCUCGAACAACCACCAAGCAUCAUUACAUAUAUAUACAUAUACCAAUCAGUGAGGAGAUACUCGUUGUUUUGCCAGUGCACAUCAACGUGUUCGUCGUCGAUAGUUUUCGUACUCGUUUCGCGACAGCAUGAGCACCGUCCAGGCCAACGGAAUCCGGGACGACGCUGCGCUGUCGGACAUUGCGAUUCCAUUCUACCGCAGUACGCCAAUCCUCGGAUCGUUGGCGGUGAUACUGCUCACUACGGUGGUCUACUUCGUCUACCAUCGGUACUAUCGUUCCGCCCCGCCCUCCAAACGCGGAGCCCACGUCCAGGUCUCUUCCAUCGACGCACAAAACUCCGUCAGUUUGGCAGACAUGGCCUACCUGGCGCACGUGCUAUCGCCCCAGUCGACCCAUAUGGACGUACUGUGGGCUGCUAUUUCGACACCCGAAAUGCUGCAAACCAGUGAGGCCGAAGUGCACAAGGUGGAGCGGAUCCGACGAGACCGACAAAGCCGACGCGCGACGCAAAAACCCAACAUUCCCGACGAAUUGGAAGCCCUCGUGGAAGACGACGAUGGAUGGGGGGAAGACGAAGACGAUGUGGACGAAAGCGACCAAGCGGCGGCACAAGUCCGUGCCAAAGCCAAACAGGCCGAACAGGAACGCCAGCAAGAUAUGGAACGGCUUAAAGCCGCCACCGGACAAACCAACGAACCGCUCGAGGGAAUCGAUCCAGGAGUUAUUGGACAAACUUGGGUCGAAGCGACACUGGCCCAACACCAGUCCUGGCCACCGCCAUUGACGGACGUUAUCACGGCACAUACGUAUACUUAUGAAGACCAGCCCGUUGCGAACCCACUCGACCACAAAGGUCUGCGCCGUUAUCUCUGUAUGACCAUGGGUCGUUUGAACGCACAAAUACUCAACACCAAACCCGAACUACUCCAAGCCGGAGCGCAAAAGCUCAUCGACCAGACGUAUUUUCGGGGCAGUUUGGAAUUCCGUGGUCGCGUCGGGACCUUGUUGGAAGCUAUCUUGCGACUCGGUACCGUGCUGAAAUCCCGGGCACUCGUUGCAACCACCAUUGAAGCCGUCGCGUCGUUCAAAGUCGGGUGUUUGCCGGGAAAAUCGACGACUUGGUUCCUGCAAACCAUGCAACGCCAGUACGGAUGUCAACCCCAUCUCGCGAUACACGAAAAGAAAGUCGAAGUCCCUCUUUACGAAGAAAGCAGCAUCCUGGCCACGGGAGACAUGGCGGAAUUUUUCCUCGACUUGGAACGCACCCACGCAGAAAAUUUUCUGAAACAAAAGAUCGCCAUGUGUCAAAAACAAGGCAUCCCGCCGCAAGUCGCGCUGCAAGCCUACCGGGAAGGAUGGUGGUUCCUAUUGCGGGCGGAAAACGUGAACGACCCAAAUAUUCGAGCGGAACCGAUCAUGCGCGAGUCGCCCAUUCUUUCCAAACUCGACAGUCAAGAUCUGGACAAGUUUGAAGCCGCGACACCGGCCGCACAGCGGCUCAUUACCGCAUGGCCCAUGAUUGUGCAAAACUGUGCCCAAAAAGCGGGCAAGGUGCGGAUUCAGUUUCCGGUACCGUCCAUUCCGGGCAAGUACCGGUUGGUGCUCGACAUCAAAUCGCAAGAUUUUUUGGGCGCCGAUCAACAAAUCGUCAUCGAAAAGGAUGUUGUGGAUGCCCAGACGAUCCAGCGAACACUGAAACCCAAGGAAGAACAAGCCAUCAAAAAUGAAGAGUCCAAGGGGGAAACCAAAAAGGAAGCGUAAUUGCGUCUUAUAAUAUACUUACCGAUUCAAAGU